UGACCACAUGUUACCCCUGCAACACGCACUGCUCCCGAAGCCUCCUCCAAUUGCCCCUCGAUCCAAAGCGCGGGAUCAUGGGAGCAAUGAUCAUGGACACACAAAUCGUCGGAAUUUCAGGACCUCCACACAACUCCACUAUCCGGGAUCGACCGAUGCCAUCCGGGGCAUAAUCGCACUUGCUGUCCUUCAUUGAAGAGUCUGCUAAACCUGCUUACGCUCUGGAUAUUGUUUAAGUUGACAAGAUGUUGAACAAGAUCGCUCUCGAAGAAGCCUGGAACAUUCCCGAUGCCGCCUCGUUGGGAGGUUUCCAGCCCGGUUCUCUCGCUCCGAAAGGCGUCAUCGGCGGCGACCUCGGCGCGAACCUCCUCGAUAUCCACGAGACGCGUCUACAACAAAUGGACGAGAAUGGAGUGGAAUUCAUGGUCCUGUCUCUCGUCUCUCCGGGGCCGCAAGGGCUUGCUAAUAAAGCUGGGGCAGAAAAAUUGGCUCAGGUAGCGAACGAUAAGAUGAGUGAGGCCGUCAUGAAGAAUCCGACGAGGUUUGCAGGUUUGGUGUCGCUGAGUAUGCAUGAUCCCGCGCAGGCGGGCGAGGAGCUGAAGAGGUGCUGGAAUGAAUUGGUGGGGUUUGUGGGGGUUAUUCUCAAUGAUUUCCAGUCUGCGGGAACGGAUGGCAACACCAUGCUCUUCUACGACGACCCAAUAUACGACAUCUUCUGGAAGACUGCCGAGGAGCUGAAUGCUCCUGUGUACAUCCACCCGCGCUCCGCAACCCCUGAGAUUACUGAGAAGAUGUGGAAAGGUCGCGAACACCUCGCUUUUUCUACCCUCGGCUACGCAAACCGCGUUAACAUGCACCUCCUGGGCAUCAUAACUGCCGGCGUGCUCGAUCGCUUCCCCAUGGUCAAACUUGUGGUUGGUCACAUGGGUGAGCACAUACCCUACGAUCUAUACCGCAUCGACCACAAGCUUAACCGCGCUCGCUUCCCUCAGAUGCGUAUGCGAAAGGACAAGCUUAUUCGCGACUACUUUGGCACGCAAGUCUUCAUCACUACAUCUGGACAUUUUAGCACUGCCGCUCUGCUCUGCGCGAUGACUGAAAUUGGUACGGAGGCUAUUAUGUUCAGUAUUGACUACCCAUUUGAGAGUAUUCCGAAUGGAUGUGUGUGGUUUGAUGAGCAUGUGAAGGAUACGUUGAAUGCGCGAGAUUUAGUAAGGAUUGGCAGAGGGAAUGCGUUGAAAGUUUAUGAAAGACUGAGGGAAGGAAAUGGACCGCAUGGUUUGAAGGAGAUGACAGCGGCUGAAUGUGAUGUUGGAGGGCUGAGGAUGAAGGAUGGAGAAGUGGAAUUUGGAUUGUAUAACAAAGAUUGGAGUCGGAGGUUGGUGAAGCAGUGAGGGGCCAGCCCGUGAUUGGAAUGGCACAUUUUGUGAGACUGGAUUAGGUGAGGGGUUAUCUCCUGAGCCAACCUCAGUUUCCAUUAUUCGUAUCGGACCUCAA